CUCAGUGAGGCGCGACGAGCAGUGACACGGUCACGUCCGCCAAGUUCGGGCUACCGCGCAUCGCCACUUGAUUGAUUGAUAGUGCUAUCAUCACUGUGAUAGAUCGGCUCUUGGUAUCCAAUUGACUCUGCAUUGUCAAGGCGGUGGUGUGAAAAAGUAACCUGACCUUCACAAACAAGUAGUCAUCAUUCUUGGUAAUAUCAAAUUUUAUCGAAUCUUGGGAAGGGGCGUGACGAUGGCAACGACUCGCGUUGCCGAGGUGCAUGCCAGUAAGGCUUCGCAGCGGGGCGUCCUGGAGAGUGCGUUUUUCAAGUUUCUCUUCCCUCCAACGCUGGAGCAGCCGGAGAGCACUGGGCGAUUGGACGUUUUUGGGCACUAUGGUCCGGUUGACGACAAUGGCUUUCUUCGAGGAGGUGCCGCAGAACGACACAAAGUCUGCGAUCACGAGAUCAAGAAAUUGAUCUCCUCUCUCAGUGAGGGGCUACUGUACUCGUCCUAAAGUUUCAAGAUUUUACCACAUUUGUGGCGUAGAAUUGAUGUCAUUUUUUUACAGUUGACCUUUAAUACGACUAGAAAGCAAGAAUACUUACUGAUUGAUUUCAUCAACUCAACUUCGAUCUUCAUUUAUCGUACAACAGAGUAAAUAGUCACCACGACCACAUAGAAUUUUAGAAAACGAAUGUACACUUUCAUUACAGACGCUUUGAAGACAGCCAUGGCAGCACGCCACCAACGUGGUUUUACGAUGAUGCUUCGAGAUCGGGUCAGCACGACCACAUAGAAUUUUAGAGUAUGCACACAUUCACUUUCACACACCUGGAAUCGACAGGUACGAACUUUUCGAGCCGAAGCCUAGGGAUACCGUCAAAGUCGUAGUAGACGAAAUCCUUCCGAAGGCAAUAUCCCAUUGCUAUACUGCAAAAGAGAUAAAGAGGCUCAUCAGCUCAGUCGCGAAAGACGGAGAAGGCAGGUUACCCUUCCACGAACUGCAGGACAUCAUUCUCAAAGGUACUACUUUUACUCAGUAAUGAUCAAUUGAGAAUCAAAAGAAUCUGUUGUAACUACAGACAUUCUGCUCUGGAGAUGAAAAUUACUUGUUGUACCAGAAUAAGUACUACCUCGAAUAAGUACUACCUCCAAGUACGAUCAUCAUACCAAUCAAAUCCAAAUCUAUUAUACCAUACUUGCAGAUCAGAGACGGCGACUGCAGACGUUGGUGCAUGGAGGCAGCAUUACGAAGGAGCAGAGAAAGCCGAUUCCGUUUCAGACCGAGUCCGCGAAGAUCCUUACGCGCAUCACGCGCAAGAAGAAGCUGAUCCCACCACAGGAGUUCAACUACAAGGCCAAGCUAUUGAAUGGAUCAGCGGCAUUGAUAGCACCAAUCGAGAUGCAGAACCUGAGCAGCCAGUUGAGCAACAAUAUCCUCCUGCUGAGAGGAGUAGGCUCGGUCUCGGACAAGUGGGAUCGAUACUGCGCACUCAGACAGACGGGUAUUUUUACAUACCGAAAAUUUAUUUAGUUUAAGUACAUACAACUCUUCACUGAUGAUUUUAGUGCUCGAACUGUGGGUCUAUCAUCAUCUAAUUAGGGGCGGUGUGUUUGACUUUAUUCGGAUUCAGAUUAUUGUUGUGGAGGAGUUGUAAACAAGUAGUAGUUUCAUCUGAGUCUGGAGGACUACGUCAUUAAAGAAAUUGUUAAUUAGUUGGGAUGAUUUCAAUUUCUUCAAUCUUAUACCUAGACUCAAACUUUCUUUUUUAGGCAAGCAGAGUUAUGUUGCGUCUCGGAAUACGGGAAACACGAACGCCUACGAAGAAGGAAGCAAGGCUGGAACCGCGGUCAGCGAUCUCAAAACCUCUAUGCUGCUUACGCGAAACCCACGCGAUGCACCAAAGGUGGUCGAUUAUCCGCCAAAACGUCAGCACUAAGAUCAUCAUUGUCAUUGUUCAUUUCGCUGCUCUCCUUAUAGGAGGUACUACAUUAUUGGAUGGCCUCACAAGUAGACAACAGUAGCUACAUAAGAGGUGCCAUGACGUGACAUCUACUAAUAUUAAGAGCUUGAAGAUAUCCCGGGAUGUACAAGUGGGUGGGCUUGGAUAGUAGCUAGUAGUACUACCAUUUCUAGCUAGUAAUCAGCGUUCUCGGAACAUGUCAUUGUACAUUCACAUUGUAUAGAAAAUUGUGUUUCUUUUUUUUUGCUUGUUGUAGUGGGAAAAUAACUAUCUGGUAUGGUAAGGACAAAUCACAAUAUUUCAUGAAUUUAGUUUGAUCAGAAAUUCACUCAACAUCGGCAAACGCCUUAAAUAUCGAGUAAGGUAUGACAUUUGGAGCUCCUCUGGAGUUCGUGCACAGAGAAAGAGAAUAGAAAUUGCAUGCACAGCGAAAUAACAGAACUUGCAUACAACUGGAUGACUCACAUUACACUUCUUGAUCUUUAUUUUGCUUCUUGCGUCAAUGGUCUCCAAAAACGAUCCGUUGGAACCACACAAAACGUAAAAAGAAUUCAGACAGCAGAAAGGCAAAUGAUGGUGGUACUAGGUGAUGACUAGAAUGUAAAAGUAGUGUGUGAUGAGCUCUCUCGACAUUCUGG